AAUCCCAGCAGCUUAACAGCUAAAAUCUACUGGGAGUUCAUUUAUCCUUCUGCACUCUGCAAAGCUUGAAUACCAGGAAGAAGAUCUUUUGGGGGUUAUUUUAGCUCCUGUUUGCCCCCAGGCUGAGGAAUUUUAUCAAACGGCAAGGAGCAACAUGAAAACUUUAUAUAAGGGUUUUAGGAAGUGACUUCCUCCCCCAGGUGUGAAUGAAUUCUCGCCUGGGACAAAUGGGAUAUCACUUGCUUUCAUUGUCUGUGCAUGGAUCCAUGGGUAGCAUGAUGCUGUGACCUAAUCAGAAAGUAGUUAAAAGUAACCGCUACUUUCGCUUCGGAUGCAGAGAAGGGAAAGGAGGGAAGGACUAUAUAAGCUAAGCUUGUUCGAGGAGUUAAUGAGUUUUCAUUUCAAACAGGAGAAGCUAGGGUUUGAGCAGUUAAUCCAGAGCUACACAAACACGUCUAAUACCAAAUGAACUGCAGUUCAAAGGAAUGUGUCCCUUUUGAAACGGAAGACCACUUUCUUUUUACUUUUCUAUUUCUGUUUCGCUCCAGCCAUCUAAUGAGCAUUUUUGGUUUUGUGGGACUGGUCUAUUUUAACUCUAACGGGUCGAAGAAGUUGAAUAAGAUCUGCCUAUCACCUUCUGAAAGACCUUCUGGAAACAGACAGCUGUUCUGGAAUAUGCCUCCCCCAUGGCCAAAUUUCCACCUACUGACAAUAUAAUCUGAUGAACAACCAGGAAACACAGUGAGCAGCUAUGGCGAACUCCUCUGAGAACGGAGAUCUGAGUGCCACUUUCAAUGGGACCAGCAAUGCCUGCUGCAUAGACAAUGCUACGAAUAUCAACUUCACUUCCCACGAGCAGACUCCAGACUUCUACGUUGUCCUCCCUGUGAUCUAUUCCGUGAUCUGCGCUGUGGGUCUGACCGGCAACACAGCUGUCAUCUACGUGAUCCUCAAAGCCCCAAAGAUGAAGACGGUCACCAACAUGUUCAUCCUCAACUUAGCCAUAGCUGAUGACCUGUUCACGCUGGUCCUGCCCAUCAAUAUUGCGGAACACCUCUUGCACUACUGGCCUUUCGGAGAAAUCCUCUGCAAAGUCAUCCUGUCCAUAGACCACUACAACAUAUUCUCCAGCAUCUAUUUCCUCACCGUGAUGAGCAUAGACAGAUACUUGGUGGUCCUGGCCACUGUCAGGUCUAAGCGAAUGCCCCAUCGUACCUACCGGGCAGCCCGCAUCAUCAGCUUCGGCAUUUGGUUCCUAGUCACCCUCAUCGUGUCUCCCUUUUUUGUCUUUGCCAACGUCUAUGAAGACGAUUUGAACAUCACAAGCUGCGGUCUCAAUUUCCCCAGGCCCGAAAGAUUUUGGUUCAAAGCCAGCAGGAUCUAUACGCUCAUUUUGGGCUUUGCCAUCCCGGUGUCCACCAUCUGCAUCCUUUACACCAUGAUGUUGUACAAGCUGAGAAACAUGCACUUGAAUUCGAACGCUAAAGCCCUGGACAAAGCCAAAAAGAAAGUCACCAUCAUGGUGUUUAUUGUCCUGGCUGUGUGCCUUUUCUGCUGGACACCAUUUCAUCUGGCCACCAUUGUGGCUUUGACCACUGACUUGCCCCAAACUCCUGUGGUUAUCGGCAUCUCCUACUUCAUCACCAGUCUGAGCUAUGCCAACUCUUGCUUGAAUCCAUUCUUGUAUGCUUUCCUGGACGACAGCUUUCAGAAAAGUUUCAGGAAGAUGUUGGAAUGCAGAGCUGCUUGAAAUACGUGCCGUUUCUCCCAGAUCCUUGCUAGGGUCCUUGAUCCCAGCGUUGGAUAAGAACUCUUAAAACUGUUCAAUGUGGGUUUCUUUGUCGCU